AUGCAGAUAGGGUUCCCAAAGAAUAACUCAACAAUCAAUCAGCCUGGUAUAUUCCCAAUCACGGAGUAUACCACCCUCAAACACCUGGGAAGGUACCUUCCUGAGGGCAUGCAGUGCUCCUGUGGACCGGACUACUACACUCUGGCUGCAGGCUUCAACAAUGAAUCAUACGUCACGUACAUGUUUGUCGUCCACUUCUUCAUUCCCGUCUUUGUCAUUUUCUUCACUUAAGUCAAAGCUGCCGCAGCCCAGCAGCAGGAGUCAGAGUCUACCCAGAAGGCUGAGAGGGAAGUGACACGCAUGUGCGUCUUGAUGGUCAUUGGCUUCCUUGUAGCCUGGGUGCCAUAUGCUUCUUUUGCCGGUUGGAUCUUCAUGAACAAGGGAGCGUCCUUCACAGCCAUGACAGCAGCUAUCCCUUCAUUCUUUACAAAGAGCUCAGCCCUGUAUAACCCUAUUAUCUAUGUGCUGUUGAACAAACAGUUCCGUAACUGCAUGCUGACCACUAUUGGAAUGGGCGGCAUGGUGGAGGAUGAGACCUCAGUCUCUCACAAGACAGAAGUGUCCUCUGUGUCUUAA